GUGACACUCACUUGUCUCCGCCGUUGGUCCUCGCCAAUAAUGCCACGCAGUUUAUCCACCUAUCGACUUGAUAAUAUACACAUAAUUAAAACCGGAUUUUCUUUUGGUUGCACAGUGUAUAAGUUAUAGAAAAUACUGAAGUAAGGAAUACGCAGUGCCAUAGUCAAAUAGAGUAAAGCAUUUUUAUGGCUGAUAAAGAAAUUUUCGUACAAGUAACUGUUACGCAAACGUUGUGCUUACAUUAACAUACAUACAUACACAUGUAUGUAUGUAUGUGGGUGCCUAUCGCUAUCGUGUGUUGCUUGGCUGUGUCCUUUUGUGCGUUGAAAAUCAAUUGCUUUGCUAUAUUCUUGGAUAGAAUUUACCAUUAAAGCAACGCUCAUGACCGUAAGCUGGAAACGCGCAAAGCCAAUAUCAACGUUCUGGGCGUACAUAAACUUUGCGCGAUUAGAAAAGUGUAUAGUCACUACAUAGUACGCCCCCCAUACCCAUAUCCUGCUUGCGCGUCAUACAUACUCGUACAUACAUUGUGAAGUACACACAGCGUUUUCUCUCAAUUUUUUGUGAACAAAAAGCGCGCAACGCCACUCACCCAAUUGGCUUCAGCAGUCAAGUCGGCGUGUCGAAUUUAGAGGCGGUAUCCACAAUCAUUUAACAAAAUAAAAAAGGCUUUACGUCCACAAAAUACCAAAGCAGCGCAGCGUUUUCCGUUUUGGUCGGUAAUUUUCGUAAAUGGUCGCUUUGUCGUCGUCAAAAAUUUUUGGUAAUUUUAUCCGUACGGUCGGUCCUUUUGUUCAUUUCGUCGUUGGCUAAUUGGUGUCCAAAAAGUAUUUGGUGUUAGUUAUAUAAGCACUCAAUGUACAACAUGUAAAAGUUUGAUCAAAGAAGAACUGUGAAGUGAAAGCGAAAGUGAAAAGAAAGCGAACAUACCGGAAUCGGAAGCAUUGGAGUAGUGUUAAAGUUGAGCAUGAAAUUCGAUCUGUAAAAAAUGAAACGCAUGUCCGAGCAUAUCAAAAUAUAUGUAUUUGCAAAGCACUACUAAAAACAUAACACUUCGUUGAUUUCCCAUUUUAAGAAGAACAACACUGCAGGCAGUAAAGAAAGCGCAGUUACACCUUUACUUAUGUACGAAAGUGUUUAAGUGUUAAAUAAGAUACACCAAGCAAAGAAAUCUACUUCCGAUAAUUAAUUAAAUAAAUCGAAUAACUAAACUAUUGCUGAAAUUUAAUAAAUGCAACAAACCCACUGGGAAAAUAAAACAACCACAUAUGCUAGUAAAUAAUAAUAAAAAUUAAAGUAAAACUAACUAAACGACCAUAUAAAUAAAUAAAAAUAAAAAAAAUAAAACCACUAUGGCGAACACUGCACAACUUUUGCGACGGCAAAGCUCGCGCGACAUAGUGCUGAAGAGUCAGAAGAGCAUUGACCAACUGGAAUUACGGGAAAUGCGUGGUCGUCUUGUACCCAAAGAACACCAUGGCAGUGGGACACAUCAUCAUCACCCCCACCAUCAUCAGCCUCCUAUGUAUGGUGCAACCAAUCAAGCAUUUCUGGGUGAUGCUUUUGAUGAAUCGACCGAAUUGGAACCGGACGGUUUUGGUGCAGAGGCGAGUACCAGUAAAUCAAAAGCUGAAUUGGCUGCGGCAGUUUCGGCCACAGUUGAAGCAGCAGAAGAGGACAUUGUCGAGGGCGGAAAGGAGGGUGAUGAGCGCGAAAGUUGGGACAAUAAAAUCAUGUUUCUGCUAGCUACUAUAGGCUAUGCCGUUGGCUUGGGUAAUGUCUGGCGUUUUCCCUAUUUGGCGCAAAAAAAUGGCGGUGGUGCCUUUCUUGUGCCCUAUUUCAUAAUGUUGUGCAUACAGGGAUUGCCGAUAUUCUAUCUAGAAUUGGCUGUAGGCCAACGACUGCGCAAAGGUGCGAUUGGUGUGUGGAGUCAGGUUUCGCCCUAUUUAGGCGGCAUUGGCAUUUCAUCCGCAGUUGUCAGCUAUAUAGUGGCUUUGUAUUAUAAUACCAUAAUUGCCUGGUGCCUCAUAUACUUGUUGCAUAGUUUUGAGUCACCUUUGCCGUGGGCCGAUUGCCCCACACGCCUCUAUGCCAAUUAUACUUAUGACCAUGUGCCGGAAUGUGUGGCCUCUUCGCCCACACAAUUUUACUGGUACCGCACCACACUUCAAUGCUCCGAAAGCGUCAAUGAGCCGGAAAACUUUAAUUAUCACAUGGCUAUAUCAUUGAUUGUUUCAUGGUUUCUUGUUUACAUUUGUAUGGUGCAGGGCAUUACGUCGUCUGGUAAAAUUGUCUAUAUGACCGCAAUAUUUCCAUAUGUGGUGCUCAUUAUAUUCUUCUUUCGCGGCAUUACACUGAAAGGUAAGUGCGUCAAAGUUCUAACAGAAAUUUUCUUCUCCUUAGGUCUUGCCUUUGGCGGUUUAAUCGCGUUUAGUUCUUACAAUCCUGCCAACAACAAUUGUUAUCGCGAUGCAAUUUUGGUUUCUCUCACUAAUUGCGGCACUUCUAUGUUUGCUGGAGUUGUCGUUUUUUCCGUGAUCGGCUUCAAGGCCACAUCCACAUUCGAUCGUUGCAACGAAGAACGACAAAAUCUAAUUGCGCAAAAUAAAACGACGAAUUUGCCAAUUUGUGAUCUCGAAAAAGAGUUGGCGAAUAGCGCUUCGGGUACCGGAUUGGCAUUUAUUAUAUUUACUGAAGCCAUCAAUCAAUUUCCUGGCGCACAGAUAUGGGCAGUGCUCUUCUUUCUUAUGCUCUUCACACUCGGCAUUGACUCACAGUUCGGUACACUGGAAGGCGUUGUAACCUCGCUGGUCGAUAUGAAAUUGUUUCCAAAUCUACCAAAAGAAUGGAUUGUGGGUGGCCUCUGCUGUUCCUGUUGUUUGAUCUCGAUGUGUUUUGCUAAUGGCGCUGGCAGCUACAUAUUUCAAUUGAUGGACAGUUUCGCUGGCAACUUUCCACUUCUGAUCAUUGCACUUUGCGAAUGCCUUUCGAUCAGUUAUAUAUACGGUGUCAGAAGAUUUUCCGAUGACAUUGAAAUGAUGACCGGUUCUCGGCCUGGCUUAUAUUGGAUGUUUUGCUGGAAAUAUCUCUCUCCUUGCGCUAUGAUUACCAUCUUGCUAGCGUCUUUCUAUCAGUUACUUACCGAGGGCAGCAGUUACCCAGCUUGGAUAGCGGCUAAAGGGCUCACCGAACAACUCGAAUGGCCACACUGGUGUAUUGUCAUCGCAUUUUUCCUGAUACUCUCGUCAAUAUUAUGGAUACCAAUCGUAGCGAUAUUAAGGCUUUGUGGCAUAAAAGUGGUAGAAGAUUCCGAUCCCGCUUGGUUUCCAGAAGCAGAACUGAAAGAGGUUCACGGCAUUGUACCGCAUGAGCCGACAGAAAUCGAACGUUCGAUAUUCUGUUACAAUAUGGACGGUACAGAGGGCAUGUGUUGUCCGAAAUAUGGCUUGCCAGAAAAAUCGCUCGAAGAAGAGGAGUAAAUAAAUACAGAAACAAAAGGGGGAAAACUAGAAAUUACUAAACAUGCUAAAAAAAAAGAAAAUACAACAAAAGAAAGUGCUGAAAAGUGAAUUUCUUUCAAAGUACGCACUGAAAAUUAUAAGAAACCGUCGAAGAAAACAAAACAGAGUGAAACAAAACUUAAAAAAUAAACACGAAAAGAAAAAAAAUAUAUAUUAAACAUACAUACAUAAUAAUACCUAUAAAUAAUUUAACGAAAACUGUUAAGAAGCGAACAGCAGACUACUUCAGCAAAAAAAAAUGCAUAUUUGGUGUUCCGGUGGUCAAAGUGGUUUGGAGACUCAACUAUACAAUAAUAUGUUAAGUACUAAAAUAUAUUAUAUACAUACAAAUACAUAUAUGCCUACAUAUAUAUACCUAAAUAUAAUGAGUAAGCUAAACCUGCAGCACUACUUCUAAAGACAAUAAUUUAAAUGACAAAAAACAUGAGUUCAUAAGUUUAAAAAACCAAAUUCCACUUGUAAGUAAACGUACAUCAAAGGAAAUCAAAAGACAAUAAUAAUGUUCCGUAAAGAAACGGCAAUCUCAUUAAACACUUGUCGCAUAAAAGGAAAUCGCCAAAGUUAAUGAAAAAAACUCUAAAAUUAGCCACCGAUUAUAACUCUGUAUGUGCGCAUUUAGUUAUAAGAAAAAAAAAACGCUGAUAUUCUAUACUGGGUUUUAGGUUUUAAAUAAAUGUUUAUGACUUUUUAUUUCAUGAUAAAUAUCGAAUAUGUUUUUUUUUUAAACAUGUUUUAAAAACAUGGAUUCGCACCCAAUUUCAUUCAAACUGAGCUAUCGUUUUUAAUUAGUUAUUAAUUAUUUAAUUUGUGAAACAAUUUUAGAAUUUUUGCUUGGGGCCUCAACCAAAUAAUGCCCACACCGAAGUAUGCUAGUCGAAUCCGAUAAGGAUUUUGCACCAUAUAAUCAACAUCUCAUUACAGUGGGUUAAAGUUUACACAUUUUUGACAUUUAUUUUAUGUAUACAUUUACUUAAAAUUUAACUAUUUUCUUAGGAGUGCAAAACCCUGAAAAAAUACAUUCUCUUUCGAAUAUUUUAAACGCUUCCCUAUCGCAAACUUCAAAGUGUCUACUUUCGAAGUUACGGAAGUUAGAAUUGGGAGUGGUAGAAAGGCGACGAAAGGUACUUUUACUUUUGCGUUUUUCUCGAAACGACUUUUUCCAAACUGAUGUACACAAAAUCUUAAGAUCUACUGCACUGAUUUGUGCUACAAUUUCUUUAUAACAUCGUUUAUGGCGCUACUUUGGGAUUUUUAGAUUAGGGUUGUAAAUAACAAUCGAUGUCUCGAAAAAUUACAUCGCUGGUAGUUCGAUGUAUCGCAUUAAAACAUCGAUGUUUUUACCGAUGGUUUUAGUAAAGCUUGCUGAUUUUUUGAAAUAUUGCACACAAUUUUCAAUUAGACUUAUAUAGUAUUUGUUAAAGAAUGAACUAAAUUUUUAUAAAAAAAUAACAAAAAUUAAAUACGAAAACAAUUUAUUGUUAAAAAUAGUCAACAUGUGGUGGGUUUUUAUAUUGAAACAAGGUGUAGUUUAGUACUGCAUACGAGUUGUUUUUGCGGCCCGCCAGGCUUUCAUUCGACGGCGAGUUUGUCGGCGAGUCGAUACGAAGUUAUUUGGCAAAUUGGGUUGAUGACGCUAAGCAAUUUUACAAUUUCACUACUUUUAAAGCAAUUAAACUUUUUCUUACUUAUUAUUUGUUUAUUGAAAUUUACGAAUUUAUUAAAGGAACUUACUUGGACAUGAUUCCAUGAAAGUACUCAUUUAUCAAACGCUCGCUCAAAAUUUUAAAGCGCACAUAAAAUGAAAUGGUUAACAAUUAGUAAAGAAACACCUUCGAUGUUUUUCAUUUCGUUGAUUCUCUAUCUCUCUAUUAACGGCAGGUUUGAUAUAUUUCUACGUACUUCUACGGUACGCUGCGUACACAUGCGUGGGUAACUGCCCUCUUAAACUAUACAUACCUACUUACAUUAAAAUACCACCACACAAAUUAAGAAAAAAGCCUAUAGCUCACUAACAAUCAGUCGACUGAUUUUUUCAUCCUGGUUGACCCCCUAUAAAAUUUUCGGCAUCAUACUUUUGCAGAGCCUUUUAACCCUCUAACUGCCAUUUUGAAUAAGCUAUGUCCUACAAGGGCACAAAAUAUCAAUAAUAGUAGCGGUUAAAGGAUAAAUUUCACUACAUAUAGGUUUCUGAAGACAUAAAUUCGAUUUAUAAAUUACUUUUUAAUUUACACCACCAUUGCCGAUAUUUAUAUGAAGAUAAACAGCGCACUGAGAUUUAGUCAUACAGUUGGAAGCUUCGGGUCCCCUUUGUAAAAUGUCUUGCUAACAAAUUUUGUAGAACAUUUUAACCCUCAAUCUGUAAAUUUUCUUCAAAAUAAGGCCAAAAAUAAUCACUAUGGUUUGAGUUAAAGGGUUAAAAUUUUCUGCGAAAACAAA